AUGCGGAUGGACAUACGAGCGGGUCACAUCAACUCUUCACAUUCGCGAACUCGGUCCUUACAUGACAGCCUGAGUACUGGUGUAAUCCAUUAUUUCCCACAGCCUGAUACAUCCGGAGAUCAGCUCUUGUGGGAUUCUGAAGACUCUCUAAUCCCAUUUCACAGGGGUGACUUUGUAGCCCUACCGAUACCUCGCAUCAAGUAUGAUCAUAUGAGUAUGUGUAUUCAUACCUAUUCACGUUGUUGUAGAUCGUCAUCCUCUUUGCAGCCGAUUUUGAAAGGCAGGCGCUCUCGCGUACAAGUUUCAAUUGUUGUGUUGUCGAUGCCUUUUUGCAUCCGUCUCGCUCCCCGCGAUUCGAGGCCAAGCAUCAUGCAUCUUGGCUGA